AUGGCUACGGCCGUUGCGCCGGAGCCUUCGCCUGCCCCAACGAUCCAUGACAGGGAGCAGACUCAGGGUCUGCAAAAUAUCCGCGAGUUCCUCAAAGUUCGAUGCGGCUACGACGUCUUUCCACUCUCCUUUCGACUCAUUGUUCUCGACCAUGACUUGCUCAUUAAGAAGAGUCUCAAUAUCAUGAUACAGAACUCAAUUGUGUCUGCUCCUUUGUGGGACUCGCAAAAGUCAUGUUUCGCGGGCACGCUGACCGCGACCGAUUACAUCAACGUGAUUCAGUACUACUAUCAAUUUCCCGACGAAAUGUACAAGCUGGACCAGUUCCGCUUGAGCAGUCUACCAGAUAUUGAGAAGGCCAUUGGCGCGAGUCCCAUUGAGACCAUAUCCGUGAACCCCUUGAUGCCACUCUUCGACGCCAUCAAACAGAUGCUUAGCACUCGAGCUCGCCGCAUUCCUCUGAUUGACGUCGACGAUGAGACUGGGAAAGGAUGGGUGGUUUCGGUGAUUACCCAGUACCGAAUUCUCAAGUUCAUCGCUGUUAAUAACGAGCACAACACCGUUCUCUUCAAGAAAACGGUUCGCGAACUCAACAUGGGCACCUACAAGAAUAUUGCAACUACACGCAUGGAUAACAGCGUGCUGGAUGUUAUUCACCAAAUGGUCGCCCGCAACAUCAGCUGCGUUCCAGUAGUCGAUGACAAAGGCCGGGUCCUUAACGUCUUUGAGGCUGUCGAUAUUAUUCCGUGCAUCAAGGGCGGUAUGUACGAGGAGUUGAACGGCACAAUAGGCGACGCCUUGUGCAAACGGCCCGACGAUAGCCCCGGGAUAUACACAUGCUCGGAACACGACCGUCUGCAGUCCAUAUUUGACACGAUCCGCAAGAGUCGUGUCCACAGGCUCAUUGUUGUGGAUGACGACAACAAGCUCAAGGGUGUCAUUUCACUGUCGGAUAUUCUGACGUGGGUGCUACUUUCCGAGGAGGCGUAA